CUGAGUCAGUGUGGUGGUCAGCUGGGCUGGGUUGUUGGUGUGUCUGGUCAUGUGGCAGGUGAGGUCAGGCUCUGCCCUGACUUGUGCAGAAAUUCUGCUGACUUAGCGUGAAAGACACGAGCAAAGUCAAGAAAGCGGCUUCUGCUCUGUGACGUACUGGGCGCCUUCCGCCCCACGCCCCCGCCCUACUUCAGGACUGUCUGGGUUGUGACCUCUGCUCCCUCUAGGUUUUCCUGCUGAGCUUUGAGGCUGAAUUUUACAUGUUCCCAACACAUCCUUCCUGGUGCCCAAAGCACGAAGCAGGAUCCUACCCACUUUCAUGGUGCAAGAUGCAACCCCUGCUCUCUGCUUUCCCACAAAACAUCUUUGCCUCUCCUGAUUUCCCCACCCCAGUUAGAAGUGACCUCAAAUCCAAGGGCAACUUAAUUUGCAUGGUAGAUCUUUAAAUUCAGGCUGGUGGCACGUGUAUCCUGCACAAUGGAAAUUCCAAAAUAUUUCCUCUUGGGAGCAGUGAAACCUGCUUUGGAUCCCUUUCACUUUCACACAAAACUAUAAGAAAAAGCCUCAAAUAUCAUGACUAUCCCUAUAAAAUUGGGACAUCUGGUCACCCUAAACGGGUUUGACUUUUUCCUGUUUGGGAAACUUGGUUGAAAUCCCCUUGUUUCUGUGCUGUACAGCAGAUGCUGGUUAGUUGCAACUGCUCCGUUCCCAGCAAAGCGUUGUUAGCCGGAGGUUGCCAAGGAGUGAAAGGCCCCUGCCUGGGACAGCAGAUUGGGGUGGCAGGGGGCCUGCCACCUGCACAGGAGGUGGGCUGACAACUUCACCGCGGGGGGCUGCGGCGGGAGCGCAGAGCACAGCUUCCAGCAUCCCUUCCUCCAGGCCGUGGGGAUGUUCCUGGGCGAAUUCUCCUGCCUGGCUGCCUUCUACAUCCUGCUCUGCAGGGACCGGCAGAGAGCAGAGCCCAGCCUGGCCCCCGCGCAGCCCUUCAACCCGCUGCUCUUCCUGCCCCCGGCGCUGUGUGACAUGACCGGGACCAGCAUCAUGUAUGUGGCCCUGAACAUGACCAGCGCCUCCAGCUUCCAGAUGCUGCGCGGGGCGGUGAUCAUCUUCACCGGGCUGCUCUCGGUCGCCUUCCUGGGCCGCAAGCUGGUGCCGAGCCAGUGGCUGGGGAUCCUGGUCACCAUGGCCGGGCUGGUGGUGGUGGGGCUGGCGGACAUGCUCGGCACCCGCGACCAGACGCACAAGCUGAGCGAGGUCAUCACAGGUGACCUGCUCAUCAUCAUGGCCCAGGUGAUCGUCGCCAUUCAGAUGGUGCUGGAGGAGAAGUUCAUCUACAAACACGACGUGCACCCGCUGCGGGCCGUCGGCACGGAGGGUUUCUUUGGCUUUGUCAUCCUGUCCCUGCUGUUGAUCCCCAUGUACUACAUCCCGGCGGGCAGCUUCAGCAGCAGCCCGCGGCAGGUGCUGGAGGACACGCUGGAUGCCUUCUGCCAGAUCGGGCGCCAGCCGCUCAUCGCCCUGGCCCUGGCCGGCAACAUCAGCAGCAUCGCCUUCUUCAACUUCGCCGGCAUCAGCGUCACCAAGGAGAUCAGCGCCACCACCCGCAUGGUGCUGGACAGCCUGCGCACCGUGGUCAUCUGGGCCGUCAGCCUGGCCGUGGGCUGGGAGACCUUCCACGGCCUGGAGAUCCUGGGCUUCCUCAUCCUCCUGACCGGCGCCGCCCUCUACAACGGCCUGCACCAGCCCCUGCUCGCCAGGCUGCCCUGGCGCCGGCCCCCAGCGGGUGCCCUGGGCUCGGAGGCCGAGAGGCAGAAUCUGCUGGGAGGGGGGAGGGCACCCAUCAAUGCAGACGACUGAGGAGCCGGACCCCACGGGGCAUGGACGCCAGAUCCCAGCACCCCCUUGUCCCCUGGCACGGGCUGGGACACCGGAGCCUGCCUCGCUGUACUCUGUCGGCUCUCCAGGCCUCAGGCGUUCUGGGCACGGCUCCUCUGGGGCUCAGUCCAGCUCCUCCGGGAUGGGAGGUGGGAUUCGGAGAGUGAAGGUCACUAGAGGUGCUCCCCUCCUGAUUAAAAUGCCUCUGCCCAUCCCCAGAGGAGGCCCUGCCAUGCCGCCAGCGCACACGGGUUAUCCACCCCUUUCUCCCAGGGGGUUGCAGUGACAUCCUGUUCUGUGGGUCCCCCCCGCCGCCUGGCUGGCUGCACGACCCAGGGCUGUGCCAGGAUGGGUUUCUGGACCAGCACCGGCGAAUGCACAUCAGACCGAUGCUGGGAGCUGCUGCCUCUGAAGGAGACACCUGGGCUCAGGGCCGUGCAUGCACUUCUUGGUGACCUUCAUGGGGGGGCAUCUUUACCUUCUCCCCUGCCCCCCAAGGAGGAGGACUUGCUCUACCCACCUAGUUCCUGCGCCACCUGCAGCGUCUAACGGUGUAACUGGAGGAAACCGUUUUCCAGGCUGGUGGGACAGGCCCACGACCCCUCUUCUGUCCCGCGUGCAGAUGGAGCCUGGACGAGCACUGGUUACGGCCGUAAACCCUGGAAGCUCUUUGCCUUGGCUGUCUCCUUGCGCAGAGCUGAAGCCGUCUGCAGGGUGGGGCCCUGUUUGCUGCACCUGGGGUGGCAUUGGGGGAUUUUAAUGCUGCCCGUUGCCUCCACCGGCCCCUGGGUGCUGGGCUGCCGGGGGCCAGUGGAGCAUAUGUGGGGGGCAGGGUCGCGCUAUGCCACAUGCAGUAAAGUGUGAAAUUCCACACCUGCGUGCAAGGCGUGACCUUGUGCAAACCACGUGUGCAAGGUCACGCUGGGCGCAGGGGGCCAUUUUGUUCUACAAAAUGGCGUCGUCCCUGUGGGGGCUGGGUGGAAUCGGCCGUAGGACUGGGGCAUGUAGUGUGUGCGUAGGUGGCUGGUUCGCUCCCGCUGUUGAUGGGACGCUCUGUGGGCUGUCACGCCCGGCAGGGAGCAAUGGAAGCUGCUGGACCUGCAUUAGCCAGGGCGGUCGCUGCCUUACCCGCCCUGCAGCGAGGGAGAUAUGGGCCUGGCCUGGCUGUGGGGGGGGCACGUGCUGUCACUCUUGCCUUGGAGCACUGAGCAGCAUCUCUUGUAACCAGUAAAGCACAGUCCCCUGGGAGCCGCGUCUGCAGCAGCUGCCUGGGGUCGGGGGAGAACCCUGGGCCUUGUCUCCUUCUUACCUGAAUCGCUCACCCUCCUGCUGGGGCUUCCUGGGCCUGCUGCAGCCAGGGGGGUUCUCUCUUCCCAGCCGUGCCUGGGCCUGCCUCCUCCUCCCAGGCAGAGCUGGGCCUUUACAGGGCUCCCCGGUCCCUCCGUGUGCUUGGAGUGGCCCAGGGCCUCGCCGUGCCCGUCCCCAUUGCUUUCCCUGCCCCUUCCAGCGCAGGAGGGAGGUGGUCCCGUUUCACAGCCACCGUGCCUGUAUCCCCCCCUUCGGCAAGGACACCCGCUCUCAGCCCCCAGCUGCUGCCGCUCUGGGAUGGAGACCCCUCUCCCUCCCUUCUGGCCAGGGUUCCCUGGGUUGUGCCCUGCACAGCCAGGCUGCCCGGCCAGGCCUGCCUGCUUUCCCCUCUGAGCCAGUUCCCCGUGACUGGCAUAGGUCUGGCACCCCUCCAGCACUUCCUCUGCCGGCCUCUUCUACGGUUCAGGUAAAGGCAUCGCAGAGAAACCGUUAUAAGCCCCUGCAUGCACAGCUCACCCCACCCCUCCCAUGGGCUCUGGGUCCUUCACCCCCCCCACCCCAGGGGUUUCCAUGGCGGGGUCCAGCUCGUCACAGCUUCAGCUUACAGCAAGCCCCCCAUCUUAUGGGGCCUGGUCCUCCCACCCCUUCCCUGAGGAUGGGGCCCGCUGUGGACCGGAGGUCCUGUCUGUGCUGACUCAGGAGGAAGGCCCCGCGUGCCUUUAAAACCAGGCUGUUUAUCCAGAAAUCCUUUCUUUGGCCCCUGGAGAGUGGAGUUUGAACUUGUGUUUCUCCCCGGGGGCUGGCUUCAAAGGGCGGAUAACCGGAGGAGCUAGGGAGCAUCCCCCCUCCAGCUGCACAAUUGCAUGUUGAACACAAUGGACCCCGUGGCAUUAACCCUCCUUCACUACCGUUUAACUCACUUCAGUAACGUGAAUCUGACUUCCCCGAGGCUUGUCCAGGCUACUGCAGAAGGGGGUCAGGCUGGAGGGAGCUGAGCCUGGGUUCUUGCUCUGCUCUCUGCAUUUCUCCUCCCCAGCUCGCUAAUUCCCUCCUUCCCAUGCACCCUCCAAACCUCCAAUAAAAUUGAGAACUUUUCUCCCUUACAUAAUGGAGUGAAAGAAGCCCCAUUUCUCCCUCUAUCCACUGGCAUGUGCCCCCUCUGCCCACCCGCUUUCCUGUUCUGUUUGUAGGGCUCAGGCCAAGUAUGCACCACCUGGCUUCUGCCAACAGGCCAUGAGCUGGUCUUCCCUGUUGCAGUGUGGGAUCCUCCAUCCGCAGGCCCCAGUCAGCUCUGGUAGCAGAUUUCCUUCCAGGUAGCCAGCUGUGUGCAGUCCCCUAUGUACACCCUCCACCCCCUGCAUGCCAGCAGCAUGGCAGGUACUGGUACCAAGAGGACCAUGCCCAUGUUUGGGGCUCCUAUGAUGGAUGUUACAUCCCUCAAACCUUCCAGCUCUGUAGACAUGUGCACUUCCAGCGCAUCCCCGGGUUGAGAAGGGGGGUGAGAGACCUGGGACAAGAGGGUUAGAGAAGCUGCAUGUAGGGCCUGCUGGGCUCCUCUGAUGUGGAACUGCAGCCUGGAGAAACUAGCAUCCUUGGAGCCGAUGCUGAGGCAAAGCACCUUCUGGCUGGGUUGGCAGAGAUGCCCCCCGUUAGCCUGCAGAGGUGCCCUGCCCUGCCCUGUGUACCUUGGCUGGACAGGGCACUGGUGCUGCGGCCCCAUGCCACCACUUGGGGGCACUGCACACGGGGCCUGCAGCAGGUGCUCAGAUGUCAGGGUGAUGGGCGGCUGUUGAAGAUCCUAGGAUAGAGGAGGCUGCAGCAGAGGGUCCUGGAAUGUCCCUUGCAAUGCAAUGCAGUGCUCUGCACAGCAGUGUCGGGGCCCUUUCCCUGUAUCAGGGACCCCCCUACAAUCUCCUGCAGGUGGUGCUCCCAAUCAGACACCACUUUCCUCCCAGUAAGAAGCGUGAGGAGGGUAGAGAGGAGGUCAUGACGGAGCUGAGGGCUUGGGCUUCCUUGCAGAGCUGUGGGGGAUGCACUCGUGUGCAAUGGCUCAUGCCAGAGGUGGGGGGGAAUUUGGCCCUGGGGAGAGGGCCAAAUGAAGGCAGAUGCACAAAUUAAGUCCUGCUUAGGGGGCUGCCUUGGCCUUGCACUGGCCCUCAACCCAGGGCUGAAUUCCUCCCCUUCCCCACGGAGGAACCCCCGUUGCUAGGUGAAGGGGGAACUUCUCCACUGACCCUGAAGAAGUUGCCCCUGCCAUGCCACAUAACCCCCUUCUCCUAGGAAUGCCCUCUGCAGUGUCUGCAACGCAACAAUUUACACACGCGCAGGCGGUGCAGUUUACUGGGAUGGAGCUUGGAGCAUCUAUCAGGAUUGUGGCCCUGUUACGCUAGGUGCUGUACAGAUCCUUAGAGAGAGAGAGACCCUGGCCUGAAGUGCUCAUGCACUAAGUAUAAGGUAGGAGGCAGCAGGCAAAUACAACGAUCAGGUGAGCAAGGAAACCAUAAGCUACUUGUGAGAGGAAGGAUGGCUGAGGGGUUUGGAAAACAGGAGUUCAAGUCCACUCUGACAUAGAUUCCCUGCAGACACUUAGCCAUUCUGUGCCUCAGUUUCCCCUUUGCAAAAUAGGUAUGAUCGCACUCUGCCCUACCUCACAUUUCAGUACAACAAAGAUUGUGCACAUGGGCUCUGGUUUAAAGAUCAUGAGAUACUCAUGCCAUGGUGGUGGGAGCCUUAUAAAAUAGGUAGGUUUGGAAGGGUUAGUUUAUAUUGGCAAACAUCAGUUUCACCAGACUCACAAACUGAGCAAACAACGUUUUCAUCAAUCAUCAAAAUUUACCCAUAGUCAAAGUAAGAAAAAUGCUGCUUGAAAACUCAAUUUGAGUGAAAAUCCAGUGCUGCAGAGUUCUGAAUUAGGCUGGUUACAAGUGGCCAUGUGAAUGAACAAUAAAACCAGAUUUGCUUUGUUGA